AUGUGUGCCAAGCGUGCAGAGACUGCUGGCGACAUGCAGCAAGCUCUCGCACUCUGGCAGGAGUAUGUUGAUCGUCGUCCGCAUUCGCACUCAGCACAGUUCGAGCUCGGACGAGUUGAGUCCGAACUCGGUAUGUACACAGAAUCAAUCGGACACCUCACCACGGCUCAUGAUCUGCGUCCUGCGAAUGUACAGUAUAUCGAAAAGCUCGGCGACACCUUCAUUUUGGCAGGUCGGACUGAUGACAUGAUGCAGUUGAUGCGAGAAACGGUCAACGAAGGCGAGGAUGGAACGGGAUAUCUGCGACUCGCAGAGUAUGCUCGGCGUGUUGGACUCCUGGACGAUUCCAAGCUUGCAAUUCAGUCGGCGAUGAUUUACGCCGGGAAUGAGACUCCGGAGCCUUACAUAGCUAUGGCGGAUCUCGCGAAACAGAUCGGUGAUCGGGAUUUGGAGAUCAAAGCGUUGCGCCAGGCACUGUGGUUUGAUCCUGCCUCUGAUGAGCUGAACCAACGAUUCCUUGGACUCGGAGUUAUUCCGGGACCAUCGUUGUUGAGUGAUCCCAUCCGGCUUCGGAUGAUGCGUGUGCUCUGUCAGCAUGAGCUCGCGGUUGGCGAGUUGAUCCGUGUGAUUCAGAUCCCUCAGUCCUCCGGCUCACGACACCUAAAAAUCCUCAGUGAGGGUGGUUGGGUCGUGCGUCGAUCUGUCGGACCGGCGACAUACUACAGAGUCGUACUCGACGAACUCCCGAUGGCGAUGCGUGGUGUUUGGAUUGCGGUUCGUGAUGAGCUUGAGAGCGACCCAGAAGCUUCUGGUGAUGAUCUGCGCGUCAAAGCCGUGCUCAGCGAGCGGGCUGCGGAUUCGAGUUCUUUCUUCGGACGCAUGGCGGGACAGUGGGACGAGGUUCGAGGCGAACUCUUUGGCCAGCACUUCACGGAUCAAGCUCUGCUGGGAUUGCUCAAUCCGACCUGGCGCGUCGCGGAUCUAGGAUGCGGCACAGGGAACUGUACCGAGCUGCUUUCAGGUUGGGUCGAGCAGAUCAUCGCGAUCGAUCAAUCUGAGGAAAUGCUCCAGGGGGCGCAAGCGCGACUUGAGAAUGCAGGCAUCCGCACCGAUCACAUUUCGUUCAUCCAAGGUGAACUCGACGAGUUGCCACUGGAAUCAGGGAGCGCUGAUGCCGCAGUCUGCAUGCUUGUGGCUCACCACCUCUCCGAUCCGGUCAGCGCAAUGCGUGAGAUGCGUCGCAUUGUGACCAGUGAACGCGGCGGAGGGGUUGUCCUCAUUGUUGAUAUGUGUGCCCAUACCAACGAAGACUACCGACGCGCAAUGGGGCAUGUCCAUCUCGGUUUCAACGAUGAGCAAAUCACAGAACUGCUCAAACAAGCUGGUUUCGAGCGUGUGCUUGUGAAUCCGCUUCGUCCUGAUGUCAACAGUGCACGAAAGGAUUUGACAAUGACCGCAACAGCGACUGAAUCGACACUGACGAUUGAUGAGAUCAACGGACUCCAGUUCAAGGUCCGUGAUCUGAACGAAGCCGAGCACGGACGCAAGGAACUCCGCCUUGCUGAGCACGAGAUGCCUGGACUUAUGGCGCUCCGCGAGCAAUACGGCAGCAAGAAACCACUCAAGGGACUCAAGCUUAUGGGCUCGCUGCACAUGACUGUGCAGACUGCGGUGCUCAUCGAGACACUGACCGAACUCGGCGCUGAUGUCCGCUGGUGCUCGUGCAAUAUCUUCUCGACCCAAGACUUUGCCGCAGCAGCGGUCGUGGUCGGUCGUCCAGAGAACGGUGGUACCCCUGAGAACCCAAAGGGCACUCCGGUCUUCGCAUGGAAGGGCGAGACACUCGAAGAAUACUGGUGGUGCACCAAGCAGGCGCUAACUUGGCCCGACGGCUCAGGUCCUGAUCAGAUCGUUGACGACGGCGGCGACGCUUCGCUCUUCAUGAUCAAUGGUCUUGACUACGAAACCACUGGUGUUGUCCCAGAGUUCGAUGCAGAGAACGAUCCAGAAGAAUGGAAGCAUGUCCUUGCAACCAUCCGCUCAACGAUUGACAGCAAUCCAGGGUGGUUCAUGAAGAACACGCCUGAGAUUCGCGGGAUCUCGGAAGAGACCACUACUGGUGUGCACCGACUAUACCAGCUCGCCAACGCGGGCAAGCUCCCGUUCCCAGCGAUCAAUGUGAAUGACUCGGUCACCAAGAGCAAGUUUGACAAUGUCUACGGCUGUCGCCACUCGCUAAUCGACGGCCUCAACCGAGCAUCAGAUGUCAUGCUCUCGGGCAAGGUCGCGGUCGUUUGUGGCUACGGCGAUGUCGGCAAGGGCUGUGUCCAGUCGCUCAAGGGGCAGGGCUGCCGCGUUGUGGUCACUGAGAUCGAUCCGAUCUGUGCGCUGCAAGCCGCGAUGGAAGGGCACGAAGUGAAGACCCUCGAGGACUUCAUAGAUACUGCUGAUAUCUUCAUCACCACGACCGGCAACAAGGACAUCAUCACGCUCGAUCACAUGAAGCGGAUGAAGAACAAGGCGAUCGUCGGAAACAUCGGCCACUUUGAUAACGAGAUCCAGAUGGAGAAGCUCCAGAAGGAUUCGGAUGUCGAGCGGAUCAACAUCAAGCCUCAGUUCGAUGAGUUCCUGUUCAAGUCGCAGAACAAGAGCAUCCUCGUCCUCGCGGAAGGGCGACUGCUCAAUCUCGGCUGCGCGACUGGUCACCCAAGCUUCGUGAUGAGCGCGAGCUUCACCAACCAGGUCAUCGCUCAGAUCGAGCUUGCAGAGAACCUUGAGAACUAUGAGAACAAGGUCUAUGUGCUUCCGAAGCACCUCGAUGAGCAGGUCGCUCGUUUGCAUCUUGACAAGCUCGGAGCGAAGCUGACCAAGCUCACGCAGGAUCAGUCCGAGUAUCUCGAUAUCCCGGUCCAGGCGCCUGCUCGAAAGGGUGGGCGGCUGUUUAUGAUCAGCUCACUGCUCGCGAGCGGAACGACAUUCUCUUUUGAGUUCUUUCCGCCGAAGGAUGCGGCGGGCGCUGAUCGUCUGUUUGAACAUAUCCAGAAACUCGAAGCGCUCAAUCCUUCGUUCGUCUCGAUCACCUACGGCGCUGGGGGAUCUACUCGCAAACUCACACGCGAUGUGGUGCAUCGUGUCAAAGAACGAACAGGGCUUGUCACGAUGCCUCACCUGACUUGCGUGCAGCAUAGUGUCAGUGAAAUUGACGAGAUCCUUGAGAGGUACGCCGAACGCGGGAUCACGGACAUCCUCGCACUCCGCGGUGAUCCCCCGGGAGGCGGCGCGUACAACUGGGAAGACGAAGAUUUCGGAUACGCGUGCAAGCUCGUCGAACACAUCAGCGCUUUCAACGAUCGGCAUCGCGGCGGGAGCUUUGGCGGUUUCGGGAUCGGGGUCGCGGGAUUCCCUGAGGGGCAUCCAGGCACCGCGAAUCGGCUCGAUGAGAUGAAUCAUCUUAAAGCGAAGGUCGAUGCCGGUGCGGACUUCAUCGUCACACAGAUGUUCUUCGAGAAUCGCGAUUACUACGACUUCUGCGAUCGCUGCAUCCUUGCGGGCAUCAAAGCUCCAGUUGUUGCUGGGAUCAUGCCCGUCCAAUCGAUCUCAGGCAUGAAACGGAUGGCGGAUCUGGCGCUUGGGAUGCGAUUCCCUGCGUCGCUGCUGCGUGCGGUUCGCCGGACUGACGGUUCAGACGAUGCUCUGCGGCGCGUCGGAGUCCACUGGGCAACGGAACAAUGUCGUGAUCUGCUCGACCACGGCGCCCAAGGGAUCCAUUUCUACACGCUCAACAAAUCCGGCGCAACGAUCGAGAUCUAUCGAUCGCUCGGCGUGCGGGAUUCGGCGCAACUCGCGAGCGGCGAGAUGCUGCCGUUCUAA